AUGUCGGACAAGUCAGAGCUACUCAUAACCGUCGUCUUUGGCAAGCUGUCGACGGCUUUCACGAUAUGCACGCAGGACCCACAGGCUCUUGAUACCCUCAAAGCGCAAAUCUACUCAACGUUUCAUCUCGAUCCAAAGUUCCAGCGCUUGGUACAUCGAGGACGCAACGUUAAAACGUCGACAGUCCUUACAAACGGUUCUAAGGUAAUCGUACUGCGUACUCCAGCUUACUACGAACAAUCUGAAGCGUUUAAAGCAGUACUAAACUGCUCAGACUCUCGCUCAGUGCUACUAUCACCAGUAGCAGCAGCUUAUGCAUCGAAAACAGCUUCUGCAAACCCCGAAAUCGAUGUGAACGAGUUGGAAAAAGACGAUCUGUUGGUGCAGGUUUUUAAAGGAAAAAACCGCUAUGAGAUGAUCUUCCCUUGCUCUAAAAAGAUUCUAGACGUGAAACAAAAACUAAGUUCAUUAUUAGGACUGCAUUCACCGCAAGCGUUGAAGCUGGUAGUCAAGGGAAAAACUCCGGUAGACAACACAGUGCUCGGGACUUUGGUAGGAACAAAGAAGGUUAUCAAAUUUAUGGUGUUGCUGCAAGCUCAGCAGCAUAUGAUUCAGGAAAAGGAGAAGGAGCUAAGAAAGCUGAUUAACGAAUUGUCUGGGGCUCAAACAGCUCUGCAGCGAGUACAGAGGCAGAUGGCGCGCAACUUUAUGUCGAGAGACGAGAGUUUAUUCGAGCUGUCAAGAGUGCUAGAUGAUAGCCAGCGACUUAUUGGAAAGUUUGAGCUGGUGAAGCAGCAUUUAGCUGAAUCGAAGACUUUGGCGAAUAGACAGACCCUUGCGGCUACAAUGCAAGCGAUUGAAGAAGCUAUUACGCUGGCUGAAACAGCUCAAGGGCUGCUGGAUCACCAUUCAAUGGUGUAA